CCUGUAAGCUCCUGAUCAGAUGACACAUGAAAGUCACCGGUAAAACAUCACAGGGUGCCCUGUCGUUGCAAGGCGUAUCGAGGUAGCUAAACAGUAACACGUGUUAAACAUCAUCAAGGUGAAUGAUAUACCAUGUGCUCUGACUGUACAUCAGUGUUUAUUAAAACGAGAACACGUUGUUACGCUGCUAGCAUCGUUAGCUAGCAGCAGCGUUGGGCUGACGUCACCUCAGAAUACAGGCAGCUCCGUCAGAGUCUGUUUAUUAGGUUUUUUUUAAAGUGUACCAAUGGCAGGGAGCCUUGGUCGGAUAUGCAAGGGCUUGAAACGCCUCGGCUCACUCAUCCACCCGUCCGCCAGCGUGUCAGUCAGGGCCACCUUUGCACGGACCAUGUUGCAGGGGCUGCCAUCCUCUUUCUUCCUCAAGCCCCGGGACUUCAGCCUGCCUAACUCUUCAUGGGGCUCAGAAAUGAUGCGGUUGUACAAACACUAUAACAGCCAGUGUGAGGUGGAGAUGGAAGGAGGAGAGACACGGGAAGGUCCGUGGCAGAGACUGCCAAGCUACAAUCGCUUCCUCAAGUAUGCUCCAGGUGGAGUUUAUCUUAGUAAGAUAAUCCAGUCAAAAGCUCGUCUUUUUACCAGGAACUGCAGAGACCCGGGGGCAACAUUUGAGUAUGCUUUAUAUUUUAAUAGUGAGGAGCAGAAGUGUGUGGGUAUUUUCCAGGCUGGACACCUACUGGAGGGGCCACCAGGACAUGUCCACGGGGGGGCAAUAGCCACUAUGAUUGACACCGUGACAGGGGCUCACGCUACCAUACUGUCUGGACCUGUUGUGACUGCCAACCUCAACAUUAACUACCGCAGGCCUAUCCCACUGGGAAGCACAGUGUUGAUUGAAUCCUCUCUGGAUAAGAAGGAAGGCAAAAAAAUAUUUAUUACAUGCAAAGUGACCAGUAGCGACGGCUCCAAAGUGCACACAGACACAACAGCGCUGUUCGUGUCAAUCGGUGUCAGCCACCUACUACUGGGAUCAUGACAAACACACCAGACUACCACCUACCCAAACACUGUUAGCAACCUGAGGCCACAACGUGUGUGUGUGUGCGUGCGCGUGCGUGGGGAAGUAAGUGUUUGUGUGUGUCAUUGGUUUGCAGUAUUUUUGGGGGAGUGUGUGUGCACUUAUUUGCCAGGCGAUAUCAGAGAUACUUCAUAUCUUAAUAUUUUUGCGCUCACUCCACCCCAGUAACAAACUAUUAUUUCAUGAAUUACCUUUACUUGACUACCUCUGCUUAGUGUUACUAACACAUCGACAGUACAUAUCUAAGCAUUAUUUAUUGAAGUAAAUGUUUGGGUUUAUUUAUUGUAACUUACAUUACAUUACAUUACAGUCAUUUAGCAGACGCUUUUAUCCAAAGCGACUUACAGGAAGUGAACUUAUACAAUAUUUGUGGUUUUUAAGUAACACCUGUGCCUUUGGAUGUGAGAUUAUUGCUCAAAGUGUACUAAAGUGAAUAUUUUAUUUCCUCCAAUAAAGCCUUACCUAUUGGUAUUAUAUGACAUAAGCAAAGCAUGUGUUUAUUUAUUUGUCAACAUCUUAAAUUGUUUGCAACAGGAAAUAAAAGUUGCAGUGUUUUUCUUUUUUGGUUAAUGUGCUGAGGUCUUUGCUUCUGAAAAAUUAAAAAGAAAAAGACUUGAGUCUGAUGUGUUGCACCUACAUUUAAAGUUUUCUUUGUGUGAUACGUUUUUUUUAAAAUUUGAACAUUAUUGUAAAUAAUGUAUUUUUUUGUUUUUUUUAAUAAUCCCCUGAUCAAACGUGUUAGUUUGGCGGCAAAUAUAACCAACAUCAUUCAACUGUAAGGUUUAAUUGACACAAAUAUUGCUAUAUUUGAUUAAAGUCAGGAUUUUGUAAAAAAUGAUCCUGAAAAACACAGAUGAAUGCUGGAUUUUAUGUG